AUGUUUCCCGAUGAGCAGGCGCAGGAUGAUCCCCUGAAGCAGUUUCUUACUGAGCAAGUGGAUAAGGCAUUGGAAGGAGCUUUCGAGCUAUUCGACCUUAAGACUUUGAGCGUCAAAGACGCUUCUGCAGAAGAGAGAUAUUUCAAGGCAUUUCAUGAACAUAUCGAGCUGACGAUUGGAGAACUAUGCAAGACCAGCGUCCUCAGUCUAAAGAUCAACUAUCGAGGAGGGAAUUACAACUCACUUGCAAGCGAAUCUAGAAGAUUACAUCUCAUAUGGGAAGCACUACGACAUAAGGUGGAAAGUCGCAUAAAAUUUUUGGUGGAUAACUACUUGAAAGGUGCAGAUGUAUCCCCGCAGCGAUAUCUAAGCCUAGUGGAGAGCUGGGCCUAUGUUUUAACCAACUGUCGAAACUUCGUGACAAGAAUUUUACCCAGUCUUCAGUAUAUGACUGUGAAUUAUCCCUCUGUCACCAAGGAAGCUACAAGGAAAUUACAGAUUUUUGACUACUUUAUGAUAUACUUCAUGAAUCUGCUAAAAGAUAAGCUGGCGGAGGAUUUUGAGACUUUUCUCGAGGCUUUCCUCUCAGAACAGCGUUCUCGUAGCUCAUUAGAUAUGAAGUAUUUGAAUUGCGAGAUGCCUUUAUCUUUGAUGUUCAGAUACAAGAUCUCAGUUGGCCAUACGUCUGCCUUGCAUGUAAGGAGCUUCUACCUGCGAAGUGUGGAAUUAUAUGCCGCCGAAACGCUUCACAUACCCGUCAAUAUGCAUUAUCGUGAGAACUUAACUAAGAUAUUGGUCCGUAAUGCAAUAAUAACUGGAUCAAUAUCUGCUUCUUUAGUGACACAAAGCAAUGACAUCAUCCUACAGCACACAAUAAUGAAUAAAAACACAACACGCAAAUUACUCGAACUUCUAAAAGAUAAUACUGAAAUUGUGACAUCAAGCGGUGCGGACUCUCCUGCAAGCCAGCUCUUUGGCGUCAUAUUGAUGUCUUACGGUUCCCGGUCUAUGAUGGAUGAACUCUGGAGCAUUUUCAAAACGGUAAUAUCUAUAACGUUGAAAAGUGUUGAGAGUUCUCCUACGAGUGAAAAGCAAUUGCUGGAUGCCUGUAAGCUUCUGGUAAUCGCCAACCAAUCGAAAUAUUUGGAAAAGCUAGCGCACGACGAAGUUAUAAAGAAUUUGAAAGGUACAAUCGGCAUCAUGGAGCGAUAUUUGAAAGUUUGCGAAUCGGCAAUUCGGAAGUUUAACCAAGUAACCGUUGACGGAACUUCAGAACCGUCUAACAGUGGAUCUCUGGCCCUUAAUUUACCGCUCAUCAUGAAACUACCUUCUUCCUUUCUCAAGAUAUACUCUCGAUCUUUAUUCCGAAGAUGUAUUGUACAUGGCCUUCCUGCCAUUGAGACAUUGACAUGCCCCAGCUCUUUUGAGUACCAUCUGUUCUCCUUAUUCGAGAGAGAAUACGGCGCGAGUCCUGAGUAUGAUGGUCUACACACGUUGAAAUCUGAGCUUCUUAGAUCCGCUCAAAUCGCCCGUAAUUUCAAUCAAACGCAGGCUGUUCCUCUCCUUAACCCGCUAGUAUUCGAAAGGAAAAGUGUUCCAUCAGUAAUUCACGAGAAUCUUGUGGAUGAUCUAAUAUUGCCGCCUGAAAUGAGACAUUGGUGGACUAGAUUUCAAAGGUUUUACUAUCUUAUUGAUGCCAAAGCGCCUCACAAAAAACUGCAAUUGAUUGAUUCUCUCCAACAUUGUGAAGUUCAAACGCAAAUCCAACUAGCAAACGGGGCCGAGCUGAUUCUGGAUCUCACACUGUAUCAAACAUGCAUUCUUACACUUUUCAAUGAUAAUGAUGCCUUAAGCCUUGAGGAAAUGUCCACUAGAUCGAACAUUUCGAUUGAUCUUUUGAGUGAGGUUGUAGAAUCAUUCACCAGAAUCGGUCUCUUUACGUCACAGAACAGCUUGAUAAUAUUAAAUGAGAACUUCAGUCCUGAUGAGAGGAAGAUUAAAAACGGCAAGCUCCGUGUUACCAUGACGACGAGAGGUAAGUCUUCGAAAGAAGGAUCUGCUGAAAUCGUCCAACAUAUGGAGGGCCUUAGCUCACAUUGGAAACAGGAAAUGAUAAAAGCAUGCAUAGUCAGGUCAUUAAAGGGAGAGAAGUCCGGCUUGAAAUUCGAUUCGAUUUAUGCGAAAGUCGAAUCGCAAAUGUUCGGAAUUAGCAUCGGUGAAUUCAAAGACGCCUUGGAAAGAACAGUUUUGGAAAAUUCAAUAACGCAUUGGAGAGGUUUAUACAAAUAUUGA